GCAAAACAACAUCUUAUGUACUGUCUCUCUCUAAAAGUGGUACAAACUUAAAGGGAGAGUUGAUUUCAUUGCUCCAAACUUUCGGCAGACAGUUGUCAUUAAAGUUGUGUAGCUUUGGCUCCUUGACAGUUAAAUUCAUUUUUGAGGUGUUAGGCAACAUUACAAAACAAAUGGCAGUAGUCUAAGCAAAUGAAACGCUUUUGCCUACAAGGAGCAGAACCUGCCAUGGCCAUCUUAAUAGUAAGAACUAUUUGAAUGGGCACCGUGAAUGAUCAUUACUUUGCAAUAGAGCUAAUGCUGUAGAGUGAUUAAAUUGAACAGAGCAGAUAGUGGGGGCUACUGUGAGAUGAGCAGUAACAAAUUCUGCCAGUGAGUAUUGGGAUCAUAUUUAUUUAGCUAUUCAGUACGUUGACUAUAAAUACAUAAAGAACAGAACAUGAUUGCUCUUUGUCAAGAGGUUUGUUUUUCAGGAUUCUCCUCUUGCUCUCUCUCUCUCUCUCUCUCUCUCUCUCUCUCUCUGUGUGUGUGUGUGUGUGUGUGUGUGUGUGUGUGUUUGCAUGCAUAAGACUGGGGAGGGGCAUCGGCUGUGGCUGGCCCCUACUGGACUGUUGAUAACACAUGCAUGCUCUGUACAGUUCUCUAACAGAGACUACGGUUACAUGCAGGCUUGCAGUUUUCCUGGAGAGAUCUCUGCCUCUUGCAAUGAACUGUAAGUAUAACUGCCAGAAGGAGGGUGGGGGGAAUCAGUACUGGAACUGUUUAAUUUAGCUUGGUGACAAGUUUGGGGAUUCUCCCAUGCAGUUUCUUUGGUGUUGCAAUAAGCAAAAAUAUUUGUUUUUUGCACCAUGCAACCAGUGAUCUCACAUCCAAAUUAACCAACAGAUUCAUUAUGUCUUAAGAGCAGCACCAAACUGGAGAGAUGCUUUUGCAUUUGGAAAAUGCAUGAAAGAAAACCUGGAAAGCAGGAAAGAAAUUGGGAGUUUGAAAUGUCUUUCUUAAAAGCAGGAUGGGGGCGUGGAGAAGAGAGGAAGGCAGCAGUAGAAAAGAGCACUUCAACGAAACCUUGCUAUCACUUUUCUGGUAUCAUAGAAAGAAAUCUGAUAGAUUUCUAACAACACAAUCUUAUAUGUGUUUACUCAGACGUAAGCCAAUUGAGAACAACGGUGCUUACUCUGAAUGCAUCUUAAACGAAUUUGUGUUUGUUUGUUAAUGUUGUCAUAAUGUUGUCAGGACAAUCCCUUUAACCACAUCGAUGGCACUCAAACAGGAAUGCAACUCCUCUGUUGAAUGUAGACAGGGGUAGCUUUUCUACUUAAGAUUGCCAAGUUUUUAGUCUUUCUCUGUGUAAAACAAAAGACGCAGAGGAGUUUUGCUUACUACCAAAAUCCAGCACCAUUGAUAUAACUGCAUAAAAGCUAUUGGGUAUCCCAGGGGGUGCUGUUAGGAACACAAAAUACCAGGUUGGCACACAUGCAUAACAAACAUAACAAGUGUCUGCUUUGUACAGAGGGUAGGUACUGGAGGCUUUACCCACUGCUGAGGGUCAUACAGUGAGUUAAAAAGAAUUUUAUGCCAGUGAAGGUUUGAGAAUUCGAGAUAAGAAGAAUGCAUUGCUUGCAAUGAGCUAUCACUGCUCAUCUUUAUCUGCCCAGUGUGUGUCCACAGCUGACUUAUAUCUCUCUCCUCUAUAGGACUUUGGGAAUGUAGAGGGCCCCUCACCUGAGAUUCUAUCACGGAUGCUUUUGAAUGAUAAAUGUCAACAGCUCCCCUGACUUCAGGAAAUGAGGCUCCCCCAAACCCUUCCGCUCACCCUUCUCUUCCUGAGCUGCCUGGAAGGCACCACCGGCAGGAAAAUCAAAGAGAGCAGCGAAAAAGUGAAGCCCGCUUCCUCGCCAUGGGCACAGUCUGGACAGUUCUCCACCCGUGACAAACACCUGUGCAGUUGGCAGGUGAUCUCUGGCGAAGAAGCCACCGAACUCCUGCUCAGCUGCCACCAGCCUGGAGAGGAGGGUGGGAAGAGGCAGCAAUGUGUCUACCGGGGCCAGCCAGAGCUAUGUGCUGCCUACAGCUCCAAAGGUCGCCAGUUCUGGAAGCAGAUCCUGGGCAAACUCCGCAAGAAGCAGCACCCAUGCCAGGACGGCAGCCCACUCAAAUCCCGGCUUUGCAGUAGCAAGAAGGGGACUUCUGAAGCGCAGCUACACCUGGUGCCCACCGCUCCCGGCACUGACGCCCCGGGGGCCACUGAGGGGACUGCUAAAGGUAGAUCCAAGGGGAAAGGCCGUGCCAAGGAUGCGCCAGCCCCGCAGAAGCCACCUCAGGCACCCAGGAAUAGGGCAAUCAGCAGCCCAGCCAAGGCGGAGGCCCCAGCCAAGCGAAACAAAGAGGGGAAGAGGAAAGAAGGCCCCGGCUCCUCAGCGGCCCCAACCCAGCCCUCCAGCAUGCAACCUACAUUGGUCGCAGGAGGCACGGAGCAGCCCACAGAGCUCAAUGCAGGCGUGGUCGAGGCCUACUGCGAAGAGAAGUGGCAUUCGCUAUGUAACUUCUUUGUGAAUUUCUGGAACGGCUGAACCUGGAGAAUUGGGAGAAGGGUGGGCACGGGGUGGGGGGGAGGGUUAAAGGCAAGGGGGGUUAAAGGCAGAGUGUACAGCAGACAGCCUAGGUAGAGAUAGUGUUGGAAGGAAUAAAGGCAAAUGUGGUGGUUUGGUUCAAGGGCAAAAUGGAGGCAGGGGUGAAUAGAGUCAAGUGGGAUGGGAGUUUUUGAGCGCCAACAGAGCGUGGGUGAAGAUUUGGGGCAGUGAGGAAGGGGAGGCAGGAUGCGGCGGUUGUGCUUUUAUGGGAUGUAUAACUUACUCAUUCCUACUAAUCCUGCAGCAGCUGCUAACAAAGUGGCCGAGGGUGUGCACUAGAAAAAGGUAGGUUAAGAUGAAAGACAUAUUGUUUCUUCCAUGCUAGAUGUGCUCCAGCUGUUAAGUAAACUGUCCUGUUGCAUCAGGCUGUUUAUUCCCUACCCACAAUCAAGUAGCUAAUUCUCAGCUAAUAAAAGAUAUUUGGGUUUGCCAUGUCUAAAAAAUAAUCGCAAGGUUCUUUCUCUAACACAAUGGAUGCUACUGGGCGUAAUUACAUUAAUGAUAAUAAUAAAUGAAAUUAUUUUACAGCAA